UGCAUGCAUGCUCUAUUUUUAUGUAUCUCGAGACCUUUAUGAGCACUGAAACUUUCUAGUUUAGACUUGACUAUAAUAGGUGAAUAAGAAGUGACACAACAUAAGCGUAAAGGCUGGAGAUGUCAUUCUGAACCUUCAUUUUAUAAAGGUCUGUUAAAGUGAUCCUGCUGCAAAACAAAAAGGCCCUGCUGUCGAGUAAAAUCCUCAUUGUUUUGGUGGAUGUGAUAUUUUUAAGAGCAAGAAUGAGUUUAAACAAUGUUCCGUCUAAAGCAGAGGUGAUGGGAUGGAAUCCACAAAGUCUCGCUGACUACCUGAAGAAGCUUAAGUUAUCAGGCUGUGACAAAGUAGUAAUGAAGGGCUGCAUAAAUGGAGUACAGUUUCUGCAAAUGGCAGAGCGAGACUUCCAUGUGUUCUCACCCCUUUAUUUUCCAAUAAUCACUAAGAUCCAAAGAGAAAUCAACAACGGGGAGCAGAGGAAGGCCUUUGGUCUUAAAUUAAAGCCACAAAAGUCUCCAACACAAGCAUUUGUACAGGACAAAAAAAUGUUUGAGUCUGAUGAGUUUGACAGUGAAAGUGAUAAUGACUAUGAGAGUCCAGAGCAGGAGGAAGACGACGAUCGCUACAUCUGUGCUCUGGCUGAGGCACAAACAGUUGAGCAACAAGACAGUGAAGAGUCCUUUGACGGUAACUACAGGCCACUUGACUCUGCAGAAACAAUGAAGCCACCUCGGCCCCCAAGAGCAUCUAAACUUCAGGGCUCUCACUCCAGAGAUCCUGCUCACGAUCCAUCUCCUGCUGAAAGAACCUCAAAACCUCCACUUCCUCGAAGAAUGAACCCCUCCCCUCAGAGACCUUUAAAAACACCAGCACCACCACCACCCAGCCAGCCCAACUUGCAUAUUGACAGGAGCAAGAAGCCUGGACAACCCACCCCAACCCAGAGAGCCCCUCCAAAUUCAAAGGGCAGCACUGUCAAGGCUCUGCACUCAUCCACCCUAAAACUCCCUAAACCAUGGACCCCCAAACCCAGUGACAGAACAAGUAAGCUCAGUCUAUCUCCCCCGGUGCCAACACAACCGACUACAAUUAAUUAUUCAAUACUGAGGCAAAAACAGGGUUUGGAUCCCAGCUGGUAUGGAGGAAAGGUGACCAGACAUCAAGCUGAAGCCGCUCUCAGAGAGAUGAACAAGGAUGGGGCAUUUGUGGUAAGGGACAGCUCAAAAGGCUCUGCUGACCACCCCUACACCCUGAUGCUGCUGAAGGAAGGAAAGGUUUACAACAUUAAGAUCCGUAACCAAGGCGGCUCCUACUCCCUCGGCAAUGGCCUCAACAAUAAGAAUUUCCCUGGGGUGGAGGAGAUGAUUACCCAUCACAAACACACCCCACUGCUGCUCAUUGAUGCCACAGACCAGAGCUCUGAAGGGCACAGCCAGAGUUGUCUGCUGUACCCUGCGGGAUCCUGACCACUACCAACACCAGGCUUAAUUUUCAGGUCAAGCUGGGAGUGGCUGCUUCGGUGUGUCUUCGAUCUUUCAGAAACGCCAGCUUGUCAGGACAGCCAACACAAACGAUCAGAUCACACUGCCUCUGCUGGGUUCGCA